AUGACCCUCUUUAACCCGACCUCGAUCUUGGUGGGCUUCCUCCUGCUCUACCUGUCGUCCUUUUUCGUCUUCGCCAUCGUGCGCAUUGCGACCGGAAUUUCAAUUCAACGCAUCGGUUAUUUUUCCCUCCGACGCAUCGCCUAUGCUCCGCGAGAAGGCCUCCUGAUCGAAAUCCGCGGCCUCGGUUUCUCCUUGCACCCACCGUCUUUCGCCCAGCCGACAUGGAUCAGCAUUCGAUUGACCGACCUGAAGAUCACCCUUGACACGGCGACUCUGGCCAGAGGGAAAACCGACCCGACUCGAGAACAACUGGGUCCGGCCAGCCCUGGAGGUCCGAAAGAAGACAAUGCGACCUCCGACUCGUCCACCCCACGGAGCAAAACAUGGAGGACCCUGACCCGGGUGAAGGAGCGCCUCAAGAGGCUUCAUCGGCAGAUCAAUUGGUUAGCUCUGGUAGAUGUCACGGCAGUCAACACCGCAGUGCAUUUUCUCGAGGCUGGUCAGGUUCAGGUUGGAUUGCUAUCGCUGGCCGUGGAUACCCGGAGUAAGAUGGUGGAGCGGGGCAAGCUAUUUCGCCGCAAGAAGGAUAUGUCUCGAGAGCAGCGACCGGCAGAAUGGAUUAUGAAUGUACAAAAUGUUCUGCUUGCAGUGGAGGGUCGGGAGCCAGUCGAGGUAUUGGACAAUGUCGGCGUGAACCUCCACGGUUUACUCUAUAAGGACUUGGAAGGACUUCGAGAUGCGUCUGUGGCGCUAAAAAUUGGACGGCUACAUAUCCCUUACGACGACUUCAAUACUCUCCUGAAGCGUAUCAAGUCGGCCCAGAAAUUAGCCGCAACCAAGGAGCCCUUACCAACCGAGACCGACGACGAGAUGUCAUUCGCAGAUUUCGUGGAGGAAUUGGACAAGCCCGGGAGCAGAGAUAACUCGAUUGUGCAGACUGUCGCAGAUUCCAAAGAGUUUGCCAGCUCUCUUCUGCGUGGUAUCCAAGAGAUUCAAGUUGCCCUCAGUUUCUUCCGACUCUCGCGAGGUCUUCAAUCCCUGUCCGGCCAAGAUCAUCCCGUCUUUCUCAAUGUCGUUUCCCACGAACUUGGCAUUGACCUCCACCGCAUGGAUCAGAAGAGCCCUGAGCAUCGCAUGUACUUCCAACGAAAUGACGUUGCCCAUCAGGCUUUACUGGCAGCCAUCUCCCUGUCGGUUAGCUUAGAUGACGACUCGGGCGAGACGAACAAUAUUCUCUACGUUCCCAUGGCUACAACGACAAUCAAGACUACUUUGCCUUCAAAGACAGUCAGCGCCUUCGAUGAACAGAAUAUGGAAGAACGAAACCUCAACGUCCUUUUCGCUAAUUUGGUCAUCACAUCUCCGUCGCUGGACCUGCAACCAAAGCAUGUUUCUCGUCUUUUGAAAUUGGCCCAAGCCCGAGCAUCAUCUCCUCGUGUGAAGAAACGAAGCAACCACCAAUUGAUCUCUCGUUCUCUUCCCAAGGCGAGCAUCAAGUUAUCUGUUCAUGAGCCUGUGAUUCGAUUUGUCCUCCCCAUUGAAAAGGAGUCUGGCACUCCCGAUGACUACAACCUCUUAAUUUCGUCUAUCUCGUCUAUCUCGCUCGAUGUCGAAUCCGUGCAUUCUGCCGAAGGUGGUGCACACUACUCACUAUCAUCCGUUUAUCGCGUUGCAUCCCAUAAAUUUUACUACCAAACACCCGCCGGAAGCAAACACAACCUCCUUACUACAGAAAACUUGGAGCUCAAAGCGCACCUCAACGCAAGCCCAGAGGUUUGCGUCAUUGCAUCGGGAAGUAUCAACGAUUGCUCUGUACAUAUGAUCAACGGCGAAGUCAACCGAGGAAUUCGCCAGGUCCUUGAAGAGUUCCGCACCCACCUUCAAUCGCAGAAGCGAGUUCCGAUGCAUUUCAAUGAGCGCAGAAUCAGCCCACUGAGAAAAGUCCCACCAUGGCUUUUGUCAUUCUCAUUUGAAUCAACGGGGCUUAGCUUGGAGGUUGCAGGGGUUGACACCCCGGUAUCUGAGAUCUCUCGCGGUGUAUCGCUGCAAUUGCAAUCUUGGUCGGCCGAGUACAAGGCCCAGAAAACCGAGCAUGCAGUGGGCAGCAUUGCCAGACGUCGUACCUCGAGCCAUUCUAUCAUUGGUGACGAAUCACCGUUUAGGUUCCAGCCAACAUCCCCUCCAAAGAGCACACAACGCGGUGCAGCAGAUGGUCGGCGCCUUGCCUUUCAUGUGCGCGGGUUCGAUGGGUUCGUCAUUGAAUCGGAUGAUUAUCUUGAGCCCGAACCGUUUUUCUCUCUUCCGCGAUUCGAGAUCGCGCUUAGCACACACAGCGACCGCCUUGGGCCUGUUGUCCAUAUCAACUCCGUUUUCAAAGGCAUCUAUCUCCAAUAUUCCCUCUACCGCUUUUACUGCUUAGGCGUGGCGGUUUCGGUGAUACAAGAUGUUUUCUCCCCAUUGCCAUCAAAGGAAUCUGGGCAUACCCAAGGGAAAACGAGAGGAGCUCCAAGCAUAUCUCUGCCACCUCCCCCUUCAAACCCAUCGCCUGGAAAGGGUGAGCUGAUUACUGUCGAUUUCAAAGCCACUGUCGUACAGCUCAAAGCGAACCUGCCCAAUGACCCGUCCAUGAUGCUUCAGAUUUACGGGCUCGCAGGUGGCUCCCAGCGACUUUCAACUCCUUAUGUCAAGGCAAAUCUUGUUCGCAUCCAUGCGGAAGCACCUAAACUCAAGGGUGUUUGGGCAAGGAUUGGUAGUAUGAACAACGUCCGGCUAGACUUCCGCAAGAUGAGAAUGAAGCAGGGUGGAAAACUCACGGAGGAGAGAUCUAUUGAUCUGUGGGCGGAUUUCAUUAGGAUAGGUGUUCCUCACCACAUGGUGAUGCAUCGCAUCUUUGACAACUUGAUCAACACUUCGAAGGCAUUUAAGCAGCUUCGGCAUCGCUUCAAAAAUCGCUGCAAAGAAUUUGUGUCCACUCGAGAGCCUGAAGAGCCCAAAAAGGUACCCAGGAUAUCGCUCCGCAGCAAAGCUUUACUGUUUGAGUUGGAAGACGAUGCCUUCGAAUGGAAACUAGGCUGCAUCUACCGUACUGGCCUAAUUGAACAGACCCAGCGUCUUGCUCGCGAAGAGGCUUUCUAUCUGAAAAGCCAGAAACUCAAGGAUUCUGAUCAGAAGCGCGCUUCUUCAAGGCUCAGAGCCAAGUCAAGCAGCCGGACCCUGCGAAGUGAACGAACUAGCCAAGAUACUCGCAGAAGCAGAAGUGCCGAGCCACGCCCAAGAAAGGAAGACAACAGCCGUGGCGGCCGAGGCCGCAAAUUCCGAUAUGACACGGAGGGCGCCACCUGUUUAUCCUCGGAAUACAAAAUAACCCCCGACGCGGCCUGGGAGCGACUACAGCAACACAAUGCCCAGAUCUGGAAGGAAAAGAUCGAUGCGGCGCUCAAGUUUCAAGGCACGUCUAUCAAAGAAGUUCGCAAUCUCUUCUCUGGUGCAGACGAACCGCCAGAUGAUGUGAAAGAGACAGAGACUAUUCUUGCUAUUCCAAAUAGACCGGGUCUCAUGUCCGCAUUGAUCAGCGAUGUGAAUCUUGUAAUCGACAAACCUACGUUCCCAACCGAAGACAUCCCCGCUUUCCUUCACAAAAUCGGCAAAGGAAUGCCCAUGGACAUGAAAUAUGGCCUACUCCUCCCGAUGAGUUUCAAUUUGGAAAUGGGCGAAGCACGCGUCAACCUGCGAGACUAUCCACUUGAUUUGAUACAUAUUCCUGCCCUUCGCCCUGGGCAAUCUCCAAGGCUUCCAAGUUGGUCUUUGCGGACAAAUUUCGUGAUCGCCGAAGAGUUCCGAAACCAUGAAUCUGCUCGACAGGUUGAUGUUGAGCUUGUUCCCAAGGCUGAACUGCCUAACGGUGUUCACAGUGAUCCUUUCCAUAUCAAGGUUUGGCGGUCGGUUACUCCAGUCAAAACGUACUCAGAACCCACUGUCGAGAUCAAUACGAGCCUGCCAACAAGUAUUUCUUGGGGCGUUUCAUACCAGCCAGUCAUUCAGGACAUGAUGAAGAUCAUUGAAGGGUUCACCAAGCCUGAGGUCGAUCCUUCUGAGCGGGUCGGUUUCUGGGAUAAGAUUCGAUUGAGUUUCCAUUCCCGGAUACGAGUGCUAUGGAAGGAAGAUGGUGACGUUCACCUGCGCCUGAAAGGCUCUCGAGAUCCUUACGUGGUAACUGGAUUUGGAAGCGGGUUUGUUAUGUGCUGGCGAAGGGAUGUCAAAUUUGAGAUCCAUUCCAGCGAUGACCCCAUGGAGUUUAUGAGUGUCACCAGUGGCGAGUAUGUUUUGGCCAUUCCAGACUAUAGUGCGGAAGCUCGAUGGGCGAAUGAAACGUCAACGGAAGAUCUCGAGAGCAGCUCUGCCUCCAGCGAGCAGAAGAAUGCUGCCCACUUCAAAAAGGUUGUCAUGAAGCUGUCUGGAGAUGUCAAGUGGGCUGCCGGGUUGGUCUUUGAACGCGACGUCCGUGACGAUUCGCGAUCCUCGGGCUUUGAAUUCAAGAACCAUUACGAUGUCGUUCUCAAAAACCCCAAGUAUAUCGACUCAGCAGAGCGGGCUGGCUACGAUGCAUUCCGGGGCUUCCGCAGUGAUCACAUCCAUUUGUCGGUUUCGGUCAUUGCGCCGCAAAGCAGAGACUGGUCGCUUGAUGGCAUUCAACCCUCUUCAAGCUACAACACCACACACUUAUCCCCUCGCUUCUUCACACACUUCUUCAACUGGUGGUCCCUUUUCUCCGGUGUCAUGUCACUUCCAGUGCGCCAAGGUCCUCUGUUCCCAGGAAUCACCAAAACAAGCAAGAAGUUCAACCGUCACUUGGCUACUGUCAAAUACAAGCUUCUCCUCGCGCCCCUGUUUGUGGCUCAUAUCUAUAAGCACAAGGAUCGCGAAGAUUAUGCUGAGAAUGCUGUCACUGCCACUGGUCUUAAGGUUCGCCUUGAUUCCUUCAAGCUAGAUGUUCACCAGCGACGUGAGCAAAUCAAGAUGCAAGCUCGUGGUCGCUCCAAGCAAACGAAGACAAGUGCCAUGCGCAUGAACCAAGCCCUCAUUGAUCUCCAGUCAGCCGACUUCAGGGCUGUCUCUGCCAGCAUUGAAGGUACAAGGGCAGAGGAUAUCGCUCAAAACAGGGAUGAUAUCAUUUCAACUUUCCAGCAGCCAGUUGCCUCUGUCGAUCUUUCUCGAUUUACAAUCCCCGACCAAAACUUGGACUGGAUUGAUAUGGAUGACUUCGUGGAGCCAGACUGGAUCCUCCCACAAGAGUCAAACCCUAAAACACAGAUUCUACCAUUGGCAUUUACCCCCCGACUCACCUAUUUCCGCCAAACCGAUCACGAUGAUGUUGGGUCCGAGGAGACUGGCUUUAGUACUUUCGGUUAUGAACCUACUCAUGACUGUGUCAUGUCCGAGACCAACGAUCCCCGUCGCGUUCAGAUCGAAUUGACCAAAGACCGCCUCGCAACGGUCGAAGCGCAAAUCCGCAAUUACGAUCGCACCAUUGGAGAACAAGAGCUCAAGUUAAUGAGGGACGUGGAUCAUGACCCUGAACUCAAGGAAAAGCACGAGACCUACCUUCGCCAGGCUGAAUCCUUGGCCCGGCGACAAAAGUUCUUGACGGCCACCUUGCACCGCCUCGAGAGACACCUGGCACGAGACGAGCGCGCCCACAAGUCGGGCCCCAAUGCUGCUGCGAGUGAAACCUCUUCACGAACCGGAUUUGAUGCGGAAUCUACGGCUGAUGGUCGUUCCCCUGGCCUUGAUGGCCUUUAUUCAUCAGCCGCGGAUGACUUCUCAAGCGACUUCAACAAUCGAUUCAUGAUUCACAACGUGCAGCUGAAGUGGAACAACUCACUACGGAAUAUCAUCCUGCGGUAUAGUCACCAGGUUAGCCAGCGUCGAGGAUUCGUUUACUACAUGUCCAGACGAGCAGUCAAGUUCAUCCUUGAUAUUGUCGAGGAGCAGAAUAAGAAUGAGCGGAAGAACCCCAAGGCAUCCAGAACACAUACCCGCAGUGACAACGAGGACGAGAACGAAGUCGAAGAUCGCAUUGAAGAGUUGCUUAAUAGCGCCAAGCGCUUUGUCAAUGCCGAAGAAACCGACCCUUCUGACUCCAACAAUGAAUCCCCUACCGAGUCCGAUGACUCGAGCGAGAAUAUUGCUCCAGAGUUCACCCCACAGAAUAGCUACUAUUUACGACUCAUUGCUCCUCAGAUUCAACUACUUAGUGAGAAGAACCGCAAGUCCGUCUUGAUGGUCGCCGCCAAGGGCAUGGAGCUGAAGGUUGUGUCAAUCAUGGACAAGGAACGUGUCGCAGACGAUGUCAGUGGCCUGGUCCAGCGCCGUUUCUCUCUUGAGAUGGAUGGUGCCCAGUUCUUUGUCGCAACACAGAAGAAUCUCAUGAACAACUUGCAAUUAUACGCUGGCAACAAAUACGGCAACGCCCCAGGAUCUGCAUGGCCUCCGUGGUUGACCCUCGAGGCCAUGUUCGACUUCGAACUCAACCCGUUUGGCUUCUCUCGAAUUGUUCAGAAAACAUCCGCUACCCUCCGCUAUGACAAAUACAACAAUCUUCGUCUGAAAUACAAUGAGGAGGUGGCCAAGGGUAACCAUGGGCCGCAUCCCGGAGGUGAUGAAACCCGCAUGGACCAGAUUAGCGUCGACUUCCCCCACUUCCGUGCAAUUUGUGACUCCGCCGAAUACUACACCCUCUACAUCAUCGUCCUGGAUCUCAUGAUGUAUAGCGAGCCGCUCGAGAAGGUCCGGAACGAGCGCCUGGAGAAGAUCAUGCUCAUGUCUGAUUUCAGCGAUCUUCGCGGUGCGCCCGAGAUGGUUUUCAAGCUUCAGGCGCGCAUUCGUCAACUCGAAGAGAUCAAGGAAUACUUCCAGAUCAAUGCCAAGUACCUGGAUACACAGGGCUGGGAGGAUCGUUUGGCUCUGGAGCGCGACUUAUCACAUUGUGAGGAUGAGCUCUUCUUCAUGAUGGAAGCCAUCACUACUUCCCAGAGACGGGCCGAACCUAGCGCGUCGAAGAAGAAUGACGGCGUACUGCGGUGGAGCAUUUCUGCAAGCGAAGUCGUCUGGCACUUGAUGAAAGAGGCAUCUGCCCCCUUGGUCGAGUUCCAGCUCAAGAAUGCCCAAUAUGAGAGGACAGACAACACAGAUGGGUCCAACAAUAACCUGGUAGCCAUCGAAAAAGUCAGUGGAUUGAACUUACUGCCGGAUGCAAUCUAUCCUCAGAUCAUCGCGCCAUAUCUUGACCAACCACGCCCGUUGGAUGACCACAUGCUCCGAGUCAAGUGGCAUAUGCUGGAGGCUGUUGCUGGAAUCCCCGUGGUCGACAACUUCGAAGUUAUGUUGUUCCCUCUUAAGAUACAACUCGAACGUGAGCUUGGUCAAAGGCUUUUCGAGUACAUCUUCCCUAAUAUGGGAUCGGGGGCGUUUGAAAACGGUGGUUUCUCGCCUUUUAUGAUAAAAAACAUGAAGCCGCUUGAUGGCUCCGACGAUGAGGAUGAGGACGACGAGGACUCAAUGAGUUAUUCGAUAAGCACCGACGGAGACAGUGUUCUAAUGGAUGACCUGCAAGCUUCGAAGGGCCCGGGCUCUAUCGAGCUUAGAUUACAACCGACCCUGUCUCUUUCUGAAGAAGGCAAGUCUAAUCGACGGCCGAGCCAUCUCAGAGGCCUUGCGAUGACACCCAUCCACCGGAGCAACACUCAGCUGGGAGUGCCAGAGCCCCGCAAACUGCCCCGCCCUUCAACAACUGGCGCUCUUACCAAGAAGAAAUCUGCCGACAGCAUUCGCAUGUUGGCGAAGCAGCCUACCGAGCGAUCUUUAUCUAGCCACAGUAUAAGCGCUGGCGAAGAAAGAAGGAAGUUUGGUAUCAGCAAGGGUUCUCGACGACGCAAGUCCUCAGAGCCGACGGACGACCUUUCCCAGAUGAUGUCCCGAGCAUCCAAUUACAUGACUCUGGCGCAAGUCAAGGUCCACGAUGUGGUCUUAUGCUUGAGUUACAAGGGCAAGGGUGAACACAACUUCGAGGAUCUGCACAAUUUCGUCUUCCGCCUCCCAGUCCUCGAAUACAGCAACAAAACCUGGUCAAAUCUUGAUCUUGCUUUGCGCCUCAAGAAGGAUGUCAUCAAGGCUCUCAUCUCCCAUGCCCCUGCCAUUCUUGGAAACAAGUUCUCCCAACACCGUCCUACCAAGCAACAGCAGAAGCGUUUCCGCGAGCUUGCUUCGUCGUCGCAAUUGCUUUCCAGCUCGAAUAUCUUGCCCCCAGAACGUAGCCAGGCCUCAAGCAUGAUAAGUUUCGACUCUAAUAGCGAGUACUCUGGUUCUCCAUCACGGAAGUCUAUGCAGUCGAAUGCGUCGCCCCUAGCUCGAUCAAUAUCCCUAAGCUCCGAUACGCGGGAACGUGGGCAAGACAACACCAUUUCUGAUUCACGGUCUGCCGGAGAUGUUGAUGUCGAUUCUCGCUGGGAGGAGUCGCGUCGUUUCGUCAAUGACCCCGUUCGGCCCAUGACCUCUGGUCAAAUAAUCACCACAGUCGAAGCCAAUGGAGCUGAACAGGACGAUAGCCACAAGAAUACCAUCCGCAACCUGGGCCGAAAGCUGAUGGGUGGCCGAAAGUGA